AUGAAAUCGACCGUCGGCUCUUAUAAGGUUACUGGACUCCAUAAUGGAGCUACUUAUUUCUUUACGGUAGUUACAAUUCCGGAAACAGGACCUGCACAAAAAACGCCACAAAUUAUGGUAACACUUCCUCAGAGAACUGGCCCUCAACCUCGACAACUUGGCCUUCUAAUUAAUGACAACGAUCCAGAUAGUGUUAUCCUCGGCGAGUACUAUCGAAGACGUCGUAAUAUUCCUUUAGAGAAUAUUGUUCAUUUGAAUAUUUCGAAAGUGAUCCAGCUAAGUCGAGCUGAAUUUCAACCUUUAAAAGUUCAAGUUGAUUCGAUGUUAUCUGAAACUGUACAGGCACUUGCAAUUGCAUGGACAAUGCCCUCGCGUGUUGAAUGUAACUCAAUUACGUCAGCAUUAGCAUUGGGCUUCAUGGAAGGUCCUUGUAAUACAGGAACAUGCGCCUGGGCGACUUCAUCUCCAUACUAUGCGUCCAAUUCCACUCAACCGUUUAGUGAUUUGAGAAUGCGUCCAGCAAUGAUGCUCGCAGCACUGAAUAUUGAACAAGCCAAACAGUUGGUUGAUCGGGGCAUAGCCUCUGAUGGAACACAACCACGGGGAUCUGCUUACAUAAUGAACACGAGUGAUGGAAUAAGAAGUCUUCGAGCCAGAGUGUUUCCUUCCGGCAACUUAGGAACAAAUUUGAGUUCUUAUGUCGAUGUUCAAAUCAAAAAUGCUGAUUGGAUUGCAGAAACUACCGAUGCACUUUUUUAUUUUCAAGGACUACUAGCUGUUAGCAACAUUGAUAAGAACACAUAUCCACCAGGUGCCGUAGCAGAUCAUCUGACUUCCUAUGGUGGAAUGCUAACUGAUUCCUAUCAAAUGUCUGCACUUCAGUUUAUUGCAGGUGGCACUACAGGAACUUUUGGAACUGUCAGUGAGCCUUGUGCCUAUGCAGAGAAAUUUCCCAAUCCUACAAUCAUGAUUUCGCGCUAUACCAAAGGUGAGACACUCAUCGAAGCCUAUUGGAAGAGUGUAUUGCAAACGUUUCAAGGUGUAUUUGUCGGAGAGCCUUUGGCAAAUCCUUGGAAACAGAUCGUUUCUUUUCAUUGA